AUUUCUCUCUCUCGAAACCUUUCUCUCUCGAUCAAAGUCGCAAACUUUGCUUCGAAUUCAAUCCAUCUCUCACCUUCCCUUGCAAUCAAAUCUCCAAAUAAAUUAAUCUCUCUGCGCGAUUCUCGCUCUUCUUCUCCGACAGAGAAAGGUCUCGAGCUUCUUCUUAGGUUGAGCCUAGGUCGAAAAGGGUAUCGAGAUUGUAGAGGUUUCUCACGCUGAUGAUUAUUCUUCUUGUUCGUCGUCAUCACCUUCUGAUUUUGUGGCUUUUGUGUGAUCUAAAAUAUCUAUCGUGGCUUCAUCUCUCCUAUUUUUAAGCAAGUCAGAACUUUGCUUCAACCCUUUAAGCCACCAACGAAUAUUUCAUUGUUUUCUACACGAAAAGAAAAAGCAGAUAGUGGGUGGAGACAUGAUGGAGCAGUUUGUUCUCUAUCACUUGCAAACACUUUUCGGCAGCAAAAUCUUUGACUAUAUGAUCAUUGUCUUUACCGGUGGAGAUGAUUUGGAAGACAAUGAUGAGACUUUGGAGGACUACUUGGAUGCUUGUUGGUGAUGUUCCGUGGAGGAUGUUUAUUGGUUCUGUGAAAAGGCAUUGGAGUCACUUGCACUCUUGUGUAGAAGUUAAAGAGUGGAGCAUUGGAGUCACUUGUCUCUCUUGUACUCCCUUGUAUUCUCAUAUUAUCAUGUCACGGACUGGAGCUGAUCUUGCGCUUCCGCCUAGAAUCUGUCCUCCUCUAAACCAGCUUUUAUUUGGUAAACACUCGCAAGGAAAUGAACACAUUUCAUUCCUUAUCUCCACUGAUAAAAAGGACCAGAUGCAUUUGCUUCGAUUAUUGUUCAAUACACUAUACUAUUGGGAGGUGGCUGUAAGGUCUUAUGGGCAUUGAAGGUGGGAACACAAGUUCGAAAUCUGGAAAUGUGGACAAGUUCUUGUCACCUCCGCCAGGUUUUGAAGGUUGUUCCAAAUCUGUAAAUGUGGACAAGUUGUUGUCACCUCCACCAGGCUUUGAAGGUGUGAACAGAAGUUCGAAAUCUGGAAAUGUAGACAAGUUGUUGUCACCUCCGCCAGGUUUUGAGUCUCAAGCAAGGUUUGUGCUUAGGAAGGUACAAGAGAAGACAAAUGGAUUCCGUCCAGGAGAUGCAGAUAGUUUCCAGAAGCUUCUUAACAGACGACCGUGGAUUGUGCAGGAGCACACAACUCCGAGCUCAGGGGUCUUAAAGACAACGAAACCUGAGGUACAGCCAAGACGGCUACGGAGAGUCUCCAAGAAGAUUGUCCUUGAGGAAGCUUCAGUGUUUAACCCAACCGAGAAGGAAUUCAAUGACACUCUCUCGUACAUUGCAAGCUUGCGUGACAUAUCUGAGCCUCAUGGUAUCUGUUGUGUGGUUCCUCCUCCUUCAUGGGAUCCUCCAUGUCUUCUUGGGGAGAGACAAAUAUGGGAGGGAUCCAGAUUUUUCACUCAAGUUCAGAUCUUUGAUGGAGUUCACACCGAUGACCCAAAGAUCAAAAAGGAGACUGAUGCUGAUAGUGAUGAUGAUGAUACGUUUCACAAGGUUAAGUUCUGUAGAACAGAACUUGGUAAUGAGUAUACUUUGGAGAUCUUCAAGAACUUUGCAGAUUCAUACUUGGAGAGUCAUUUUCGCUUAAAGGAGAAGGUGAAAGACGCAUGGCCAACGGUGGCAGACGUUGAGAAAGAGUUUACAAAACUUCUUGAGAAUCCAUUUGUUGAACUAGGGGUGCUUUAUGGGGAUAGUAUAGAUACCAAAACGUUUGGCAGUGGAUUUCCUUUAUCUGGAUCAUCUGAAUCUUGCAAGUACAAAACAUCAGGUUGGAAUCUGAACAAUACAGCCAAGCUUCCUGGCUCUCUUCUAACGUUUGACGACUGUGAAUCAGUUUGUGUUCCUCGCUUAAGUGUGGGAAUGUGCUUGUCUUCCCAGUUGUGGAAAUCUGAGAAGGAGAGACUCUACUCGCUCUGCUAUCUGCAUACAGGCGCUCCUAGAGUGUGGUAUUCUGUUGCAGGGUGUCAUCGUUAUAAGUUCAUGGAGAGCUUUGUCCCUAAGGUGUCAGGAGAAGAGUCAAAGAAGAGUUAUGAUUCUGUGAUGGCAAUGUCUCCAUAUGCGUUGCACAUGGAGGGUAUACCAGUGACCAGGUGUGUCCAGAACCGUGGACAAUAUGUUAUAUUGUUUCCAGGGACGUAUUACUCUGCCGUUGACUGUGGUUUUAACUGUCUGGAGAUAGCAAAUUUCGCUACCCUUGAUUGGUUACCACAUAAGGAAGUAGAUGCUCUGCAGAAUCAAGAGAAGAAAAGAAAAUCGUUAUUAUCGUAUGAUAAGCUAUUGUUUGGAGCUGCUAAUGAAGCUGUGAAAUGCCUUAAGGAAUACUCUUUGACCAAGAAGGAAACAGCAGACAAUAUGAGAUGGUUUAAUGCUUGUGGUAAGGAGGGGAUGUUCUCCAACACUGUUAAGUCACGGGUCAAGAAGGAGAAAAGCAGAGUUCAGUACCUUAGUGGUCCACUAAAACCACAAAGGAUGAAGGAGAGUUUUGAUGAUGUGAGCAAGAGGGCAUGCUGUGUAUGCUUUGUGGAUUUGCAUCUUUCCGCUGUCCAGUGUUCAUGUUCUGCUGACCGUUACUCGUGUCUGAGUCACAUGAGGAAUCUCUGUGCCUGUCCGUAUGACAAGAAGAGUUUUCUCUAUAGGUACACCAUCGAUGAGCUGAACAUUCUUGCAGAGGCGUUGGAACAACGUAAGCUCAGCUGUAUGUUCAAAUGGGGAAACAUAGAUGGCAACUAUUGUGCUUCUCCUGCCAUCAGAAGUUCACAACCUGGUGGGGACAAAGGCAAGACAACAGAUGAGGUUAUGCAAGAUGUUGAAACUGGGGGUAAGGAGCAGAUGAAGGCAAGAGGGAAAGUGAGAUCGAUCAUAGAGAUAAUGAAUGUCAAAGAGGAAAAUGAUAAUGAGUCAGGGCCUGUGACCCUAAACCCUUGUUCUAAUAAAUCAAUCAGGCCAUGGGAUUCUUCUGCUGUCAACAUGGCAAAGAAGCAGAAGGAGGGAUGGAUAUAAAAGGAAUGUUUUGCGUUUAAGUAGUUUAGUCAAAGGAGUAGAUUGGUUUGCAAAUUUGCACCAUUAUGUUAACCCUAGGUUGACAAAAAAAAAAGUAAACCCUAGAAGUACAACUCUAAAGUCAAAUUUAUGUUGCAUUUGUUUGAAAACAGUUCUGUUUUGCUUAAAAAUAUUUUUAUAUAUUUUUCUUAUAAAAGAGUUGAUUGGUAGUU